GCGGGCGGCGGGGGGCCCUGUUGGUUGCAGCUAGAGGAGGUGCAGGGGCCCGGUCCACUCGGGGGAGGGGGGCCCCUGCGCUCGCCUUCCUCGUACUCCUCGGACGAGCUGUCCCCAGGCGAGCCCCUGACUUCGCCGCCCUGGGCCCCCCUGGGCGCCCCCGAGCGGCCGGAGCAUCUUCUGAACCGGGUUCUGGAGCGGCUGGCUGGAGGGGCCACCAGGGACAGCGCCGCCUCAGAUAUCCUGCUGGAUGACAUCGUCCUCACCCAUUCUCUCUUCCUCCCGACGGAGAAAUUUCUGCAAGAGCUACACCAGUACUUUGUUCGGGCAGGAGGCAUGGAGGGCCCUGAGGGGCUGGGCCGGAAGCAGGCCUGUCUUGCCAUGCUCCUCCAUUUCUUGGACACCUACCAGGGGCUGCUGCAGGAGGAAGAGGGUGCUGGCCACAUCAUCAAGGAUCUGUACCUGCUAAUUAUGAAGGAUGAGUCCCUUUACCAGGACCUCCGAGAGGACACACUGAGGCUGCACCAGCUUGUGGAGACGGUGGAGCUAAAGAUCCCAGAGGAGAACCAGCCACCCAGCAAGCAGGUGAAGCCACUCUUUCGCCACUUCCGCCGGAUAGACUCCUGUCUGCAGACCCGAGUGGCCUUCCGGGGCUCUGAUGAGAUCUUCUGCCGGGUCUACAUGCCUGAUCACUCCUACGUGACCAUUCGUAGCCGCCUUUCAGCAUCCGUGCAGGACAUUCUGGGUUCUGUGACGGAGAAACUGCAGUACUCUGAGGAGCCCGCAGGGCGUGAGGAUUCGCUCAUCCUGGUAGCUGUGGCCUCCUCAGGAGAGAAGGUCCUUCUCCAACCGACUGAGGACUGUGUUUUCACCACGCUGGGCAUCAACAGCCACCUGUUUGCCUGCACUCGGGACAGCUAUGAGGCCCUGGUGCCCCUCCCAGAGGAGAUCCAGGUCUCCCCUGGAGACACCGAGAUCCACCGUGUGGAGCCUGAGGACAUUGCCAACCAUCUAACUGCCUUCCACUGGGAGCUGUUCCGGUGUGUGCACGAGCUGGAAUUUGUGGACUACGUGUUCCACGGGGAGCGCGGCCGCAGGGAGACGGCUAAUCUGGAGCUGCUGCUGCAGCGCUGCAGCGAGGUCACGCACUGGGUGGCCACCGAGGUGCUGCUCUGCGAGGCCCCGGGGAAGCGCGCGCAGCUGCUCAAGAAGUUCAUCAAGAUCGCGGCCAUCUGCAAGCAGAACCAGGACCUGCUGUCCUUCUACGCCGUGGUCAUGGGGCUGGACAACGCCGCUGUCAGUCGCCUGCGGCUCACCUGGGAGAAGCUGCCAGGGAAAUUCAAGAACUUGUUCCGCAAAUUUGAGAACUUAACAGACCCCUGCAGGAACCACAAAAGCUACCGAGAAGUAAUCUCCAAGAUGAAGCCCCCUGUGAUUCCCUUCGUGCCUCUGAUCCUCAAAGACCUGACAUUCCUGCACGAGGGCAGUAAGACCCUUGUAGAUGGUUUGGUGAACAUUGAGAAGCUGCAUUCAGUGGCUGAAAAAGUGAGGACAAUCCGCAAAUACCGGAGCCGGCCCCUUUGCCUGGACAUGGAGGCGUCCCCUCAUCACCUGCAGACAAAGGCCUACGUGCGCCAGUUCCAGGUUAUCGACAACCAGAACCUCCUCUUCGAGCUCUCCUACAAGCUGGAGGCUAAUAGUCAGUGAGGAUGGAGGUGCUGGUCAGCCCCCCACCAGGGUCCUUGGGCACCUGGCACUCAAGCACUUUGCAGGAUGUCCCAGCUCAUAUCAGACACCUUUUUCCUGGAGCAACUUCCCACCCCGUGGGAAGGAGUCAGGUGGACUUACCCCGGACUCAUAAGGCUGGUGGUUC